GUACUCGAUAAUGCAAUGAAAAGCGUGACAUACUGACUAACGAGUAGGUAUUACUGACUACAGUCAGUCAGCCGGCGACAGCGGACAGAAUGGCCGUCGGUUAAUAAUAAUAAAAUUACAUAAAUCGUAAAAUUAUUACAUAAAACAAAGUGCACGUGUGUUUUUCAAAAUGGGGAAAAGUGCAUCAUGGAUUACGCCAUUCAAAAAACAGUGUUUCGUCUCUCUUGGGGUGUCACUGAACAUGGCAGCGCAUGGUCUGGUGAUGGGAUUUGCGGCCAUACUGCUGCCUCAGCUCCGACAACCUGAUUCCAUCAUACCCAUUGAUGAUACCUCCGGCUCUUGGAUAGCUGCAAUCCUGGGAUUUGCCCUCGUCGCCGGCAACUUUAUAGUACCCACAAUAAUGGCCAAAUAUGGCAGAAGAACGGCGAACCUGGCCAGUCUAGCGCCAAUGAUUGUCGGCUGGUUCUGCAUCAUUCUGGCCACGAGUAUCACCACUCUCCUCAUCGCAAGAUUUCUGCAAGGCCUCGCCAUGGGUAUGAGCGCUUCCCUCGGACCCGUGUUGAUUGGUGAAUACACCAGCCCAAAGAAUAGAGGAGCCUUCCUGACGUUUAUAUCAUUAACUAUAGCGACUGGCGUACUUUUUGUCCAUUCUCUGGGAUCUUUCUUCACUUGGCAAACCACUGCUUUGGUUAUCGCAUUCGUGGUUUUCGCAGAUUUAUUGAUAGUGAUAUACUCUCCAGAAUCGCCGAGUUGGCUGGCUGAUCAAGGUAGAUACGACGAGUGCAGAAAAGUGUUCCGGUGGCUAAGAGGAGAUGGAGAAGACGAUGAGCUAGAGAAAAUGAUUGACGCGAGCAGAUUUAUUAGAGAAGCCAGAGAAUUUGCAAACGUGCCAGACACUUUUGCUAAGAAAGUGAAGACUAACUUAGCGUAUAUAAAUACAACAAUGCGGAAAAAAGAGUUCUACAAACCUAUUUUUAUAAUGAUCCACAUUUACACUUUAGGACAAUGGGCGGGAGCAAAUAUUUUAGCUGCGUAUACAAUUGAUAUAUUCACAAAUGUUAUUGGAACUGAGGCAAACAUUUAUCUAAUGGUGAUCACCCUCGAUGUUCAGAGAAUCCUUUCGAACACAAUGGCGGUUUACGUGAUAAAGAAAGUGAAGCGUCGGACCAUGCUGUUUGCAACCGUUGGGAUAAAUCUGUUUGCGUUUUUGGCAACAGCGGCUUACACUUACUGCAAAGGGCAUAACCUGCUGCCUUUCGAUCAUCCAGCUAUUGGCAUAGCUCUCAUCCAUAUCCACAUGUUCUCGAUAGCAACUGGUACAGUGCCUCUGCCUUUCAUCAUAGCCGGUGAAGUAUUUCCGCUAGAAUACAGAAGUUUAGCUGGUGGUCUAAGUGUCCUUUUCUUAUCAUCAAACCUGUUUAUAACGGUGAAAACUGUGCCAUAUUUGUUCAAGAAUUUUGGCAUCCACGGAGCAUAUGUUUUGUACGCAGUCGUGGUGGGAUACUGUCUGGUGAUAGCGUGGCUCUUCCUGCCAGAAACUAAGGACAGGACCUUACAAGAAAUUGAAAAUGAGUUUAGAGGGCGACCUCUUUCUCCUGAAGAGCUGAAGUCUAGUGAAUCUUUGACUUCUAUGAAACAAUUCAACACUGACCGACGGUGUAGUGUAGUGUCUGUUAUAUGAUAGUUUUAAGCAAAUUUGUGAUAAAAAGAAAAGAGAAAAGGAACGUGUGCGUCUCGGGACGCUCGACAGAAGUGAUAACUUAAACCUGCUGCCGUAUGCGUCAAAGGGAAACCAGGCAGAGUGGCUCCGUAACGCGUUACGUUAUGAUGCGGUUUACUGUUCCUCCUGACGACCUCCAUGACGCAGUGGCAUGCGCGGUGGAUUUACAAGACCGAGGUCCUGGGUUCUAUCCCCGGCUGGGCUGAUUGAGGUUUUUCUUAAUUGGUCCAGGUCUGGCUGGUUAGAGGCUUCAGCCGUGGCUGGUUACCACUCUCCCGGCAAAGACGUGCCGCAAAGCGAUUUAGAGUUUCGGUACGAUGUCGUGUAGAAAUCGAAAGGGUUGUGAAUUUUCAUCCCCCUUCUAUGAAGUUAGCCCGCUUUCAUCUUAAGAUUGCAUCAUCAUUUACCAUGGGAAAGAGAUGGUGUACCUAGUCAAGAGUUAACUUGUAAACAAUAAAAAUAAAAAAAAUAAAAUACCCUCCCAUAAAAAGUUAUCACUUCAAAAACAUUUGUACAAAUUGUCCUUUUAAGUUUGUUAAAUUAGAAAUAAGUAGAAAAUUGCGUAUAUAUAAGAAAUCUGUGAUCAUUGUGCUCUCGGUUGAUUAUUUAAACAUCUUUGGCAUGCAGUGAGACUCCAAAUUAUAUUGAUUUUAAGUUAAUAAGCCUAGUACUUACCUAUUGUUAUUAUCAUCAUCAUCAUCAUCAUCAUCAUCAUCAUCAUCAUCAUCAUCAUCAUCAUCAUCAUCAUCAUCAUCAUAAUCAUCAUCAUCAUCAUCAUCAUCAUCUUCAUCAUCAUCAUCAUCAUCAUCAUCUUCAUCAUCAUCAUCAUCAUCAUCAUCAUCAUCAUCAUCUUCAUCAUCAUCAUCAUCAUCAUCAUCAUCAUCAUCAUCAUAAUCAUCAUCAUCAUCAUCAUCAUCAUCUUCAUCAUCAUCAUCAUCAUCAUCAUCAUCAUCAUCAUCAUCACCAUCAUCAUCAUCAUCAUAAAUUUCAAUAUCCAUCCAACUGGUGGAUAUAAUCCUUUACAAAAGAGGGGAGAGCUUGGAUAGUCUUACCACUGUGUUGUAAUAACAAUAGUUUAAUAAGGAUUCUACUAUUUAUUUAUAUAUUUAUAUACUUCAAAUUACAGACAAAGACAUUGACAUCGAUUCUGGGACCUCACGAUCUAUAUAGCUAAACAACAUUGAUAUUGUACCAAUAAACAAUAAAUAAAGUAAAAUAGUGUAAAUAAAAAUGUAGUAGGUACUAGGUAGUUUCUACUAAGUCUUAUUUUAUCACUAGCGGACGCCCGCGACUUCGUCUGCGUGAAACCCUACUACUACGCCUACCCCUACCCUACCCUAUCCCUACCAUACCCAUACCCUACCCCUAUUCUACUACCCCUAUGGUAGGGAUCAUGCGACGGCGACGGAAGCUUAAAAAAUGGAGUAACUUCUCCCGUUUUCUCAACAUUUCCCUUCACUGCUCUGCUCCUAUUAAUUGUAGCGUGAUGAAAAGUAUAUCGUAACCUGCCUAGGAGUAUGAAAAAUAAUUGUGCCAAGUUUUGUUAAAAUCCGUCGAGUAGUUUUUGUUUCUAUAAAGAACAUACAGACAGACAGACAAAAAUUUUUAUUAAAUAAACAAUAAAUAAAGAUAGUGUAAAUAAAAAUGUAGUAGGUACUAGGUAGUUUCUAAUAAGUCUUAUUUUAUCAUAAAUAAUUGAAUAAGUUUAAUAAAUAUAAAUGUAAGCAAUAAGGUAAA